AUGAAAUCAUUUUCUCUUUUGAAAGAGGCAGGCUUUUGUCCUUGGAAAAAGAGCACACACACAAGCCUUCCGAAACGUCCGUCCAGAAGACAUACUUCUUCUACACAUGAAAAUGGCGCUGUCACUCAAGAACACUAUCAAAAACUUAAACGCAAGGUUCGCGAUAUGCGAAAUGAGUAUGACAAAUUAACGAAAGAACUUGAGAGAUCUCGUAAAAGAAUCAAAUCCUUGAAGAGAGAAAAAGAAUUACUGUUAGAUCGAAUCAGCCAAUACGAAAAUUCUGAUAGCUCUGAUUCUGAAAAAUCUGUUGAUCUCUCUUCAGAUGCUACAUCAGACUCGGAUGGGUCAUCCACACAACUUUCUCAAGCUUCUUCCGUUCGUCAAAUCAAAAAAGCACGUGGUCGUCUUACUAAUAAGAAGCUUUCCCCUCCAACGCCUGCUAAUAACAUUGUUAAUUCUGUCCCUAUUACUCAUACAUCUGGUAAGGUCCCUAAGAAACGCGCAAGCAAGCGUCCAUUGAAUGCAAAGACAAUGAAGGUUCAACAUGUUGAGCAAGAUGAAAAGGGCAACUAUAAACUCCCCGUUCAAAUCGGUAUAUUGACCGUUUUGAAUCUCGGAACAGUAGUUUAUGAUCGUGAUACUUUUCACAACGAAAGAUACAUUUGGCCUGUUGGAUAUGCUGUCAAGAGGGCCUAUAAUAGUAUGAUUAAUCCGAAUGCUCAAACGAUGUACGUUUGCAAAAUUGAAGAUGGCACCGAAAACCCUAAAUUUGUUAUUGAAGCAGAUGAUCAGCCAAACAAACCAAUUAUAGCUAAUACGGCGACUGGCGCCUGGACGACGGUUGUUCGUGAAGCAAAUGCAAUUCGUCAACGUGAUCACUCAAAUUCAGCUUCUGGACCUGAUUAUUUUGGUUUUUCGCAAGCCACUAUCAGAAAAAUGAUACAAGACUUGCCAAAUGCUCACAGAUGCAAAAAUUAUGUGAUGCAAAACUUCGAGGUCAUGAAAAACAGAGUCGCCGGUGGACGACGUCGUGGAGCAGGAACUCGAGCAAACGGAAAUGUUAGAAAUGGUACUGUCGGUUCUCCCGCUUCUGCUAUUGCACAGUCACGUGAGGAGAAUGGUGUCGAAACAGGCAGUAGUGGGGACGUAGUUAUGUCCAACUCAGCGGAAGGGGAGGAAAGCGAAGAAUAA